AUGCCUGCUGACAAGGAUAAUCUCUUUUGGGCCGCCCUGUUGGAUCACAAAAUUCCAAAAAAAAAGCUGAAAAAGAAGGCUAAAUUGGAUAACAUUGAUGAAUUAUCAUUGAGAUAUGAUGUUGCUAAAACGGAUGUUCAGAAAGUUUACAAUAUUUUCCUUUCCAUGGACGACGAUGGAUCAGGAACCAUUUCAGCAUCUGAAGUUGCGAAGAUGCUGUCUGAUUUUGGUUGCGAUGUUUCUCCAAAAGUGGUUCAAGCAGUUAUGCGAGCUUCUGACAAAAGCGGAGACGGCGAGAUUGAUUUUGAGGAGUUUCUGGCAGCUGUCACAUCAAAAAUCAAGGAUUCCAUACCAAGUGUUGCUGAAAGCUCGCAAAGCGAAGAAAAUGAAUUACAAAACUGCAAGGCUGACAUUCACGUGAUGUUCCAGAAAUUCGAUCAAAACGGCGACGGAUUAUUGUCCGCUGAAGAACUUGUCGUUGCUUGGAGAGAAACUUUGAAAACAAAGAUUACAGUUCAAGAAGCUGCUUCAUUGAUACAACAAGCUGAUACCGAGGGACGAGGAGCUGUAACCAUAGGAGAAUUCAUAACCAUGUGCCAGACUGUCUGA